AUGAUUGACCAGAGUUCUAGUGUUCUGUCUCUAACAAACCCAGAAAUUGCGAGAUUGGUUGUUAAUUGGAAGCAGAAAGCAAGGAAACCUACUUUCGUCGGAGGAGAAGAAGAACAAUACUGGUCAUAUUCAAAAAGCGAAAGAAACUCAUUGUGCUUCCAUGGGAAUCAAGAACAGAGGAGGAAGACCACAAAGAAGAGUGAAGUGAGUGAUUCAAGCUCGGAUCUUUUCGAGAUAGAGAAUCUCACAGGGAAACCAAAACCUUGUCUUACAAGGCAAGGGAGUGAUGCGGCUUCACCAACACGUCAUGCUCCAAGUGAAGUAAGCAUAGAGUGGAGCAUAGUGACAGCAAGUUCAGCAGAUUUCUCAGUUAUGUCUGAAUGUGCAACAAGUCCAGUUUACAAGCAACGCUUAAAACAUACAAAUUCAUCAACAAAUGUAACAUCUCAAUGA